UCCAGCGCGCUGCCUGCCUAGUCCUCGCCCGAUGUUUAAAGCGGGGAAGUUUUGUUCUUGAGACCACCGACUUUGGCUCCGAUGCCAGCAAGAGAGCCGACCUCUGAUUUGGGGGUUUAAGGAGCUGUGCUUGGACUUGGUCCAGAUUCCAGACUGCACCGGAACAUGUGCUUACUCCAUUAGGCCGUCUACACUGGACAUAUCUCUGAAGCUUUCUCUGCAUCCUGCCUGUGGCCUACACUACACAUCAGUGUGCUUUAUGGAGGGACUGGAGAAGGUGGGCCAGCCUGUGGAGCCGUGAAUAGGAGGCACACGUGGGGAUGAGAAGGGACAAUGCGUGUGAUGUCUUCUCCUUUUUUUGAGGUCCUGCUUCACUUCCACAAAAAGAAGUACAUGGAAUGGCCAUGUGAGGCCAAUCACCUAACUUAAUGAAGGAUGUCAGUGUGGAAAAAUGUUGACACACCAGUGUCCUCAUUCUACAGUGUGUUCCAUUCUUUCGCAAUCUCAGAAAAAAUGGCAUUGAAAGAAAGUAUUUUGUGAAACAAGAAGCUCCUACUUUUUUAAUGACUAACAUGUAUUAAGAUGGACAUCUGUUCUACAAGAUACAAAGUUCUCUGGUUUCGAAGAAGCAAGCGCCCAUUGAAAACCAAUCCUAAAUAAAAACAGACCUGAGUGGACGUCAGAAUGUUUGUUAGUGGCAGAAGAGUAAAAAAAUGGCAGUUUGUUCAGUUAUUUGCCACUUGUUUUAUACUAAGCCUCAUGUUUUUUUGGGGACCAAUUGAUAAUCACAUUGUGAGCCAUAUGAAGUCCUACUCUUACAGAUACCUCAUAAAUAGCUAUGACUUUGUGAAUGACAGCCUGUCUCUUAAACACAGCACAGACGGGGCUGCUCACUACCAGUACUUGAUUAACCACAAGGAGAAGUGUCGAGCACAAGACAUCCUCCUUUUACUGUUUGUAAAGACUGCUCCUGAAAACUAUGAUCGACGUUCUGCAAUUAGAAAAACAUGGGGCAAUGAGAAGUAUGUUCAGUCUCAACUUAAUGCCAACAUCAAAACUUUGUUUGCUUUAGGAACACCUUCUAACCCACUGACAAGAGAAGAACUGCAAAGAAAACUGGUUUGGGAAGAUCAAAUGUACAGUGAUAUAAUUCAGCAAGACUUUGCUGAUUCUUUCUAUAACCUUACUCUUAAGUUACUUCUGCAGUUCAGUUGGGCAAAUAGCUUCUGUCCACAUGCCAAAUUCCUUAUGACUGCUGAUGAUGACAUAUUUAUUCAUAUGCCAAAUCUUAUUGAAUACCUUCAAAGUUUAGAAAAAAUUGGUGUUCAGGACUUUUGGAUUGGUCGGGUUCACCGCGGUGCUCCUCCCAUUAGAGACAAACGCAGCAAGUACUAUGUCCCCUAUGAAAUGUACCAGUGGCCGGCUUACCCUGACUAUACUGCUGGAGCCGCCUAUGUGAUCUCCAGUGAUGUAGCCGCCAAAGUCCAUGAGGCAUCACAGACACUUAAGUCCAGUCUUUACAUAGACGAUGUGUUCAUGGGCAUCUGUGCCAAUAAAAUGGGGAUUGUACCACAACACCAUGUGUUUUUCUCUGGGGAAGGUAAAACUCCUUAUCAUCCCUGCAUCUACGAUAAAAUGAUGACAUCUCAUGGACACGUACAAGACCUUCAGGACCUUUGGAAGCAUGCUACAGAUCCUAAAGUAAAAAUGAUUUCAAAAGGUUUUUUUGGUCAAAUAUACUGCAGGAUAAUUAAGAUAGUUCUCCUUUGCAAAUUGACCUAUGUGGACACGUAUCCUUGCAGGGCUGCCUUCGUCUAACAGUACUUGAAUGUUGUGUGUUUUCACUGUCACUGAGCCAAACCUGGAUGAAAAACCUUUAGAUAUUUGUCAAUACCUUAGGUGAAAUGAAUAUGAAAAAAAACAACAAAGAAAUAUUUUGAAAACAGUCUAUCAGAAUGUUUCUUUGAUUCUAGAAGCUAUUCAGUAGAAUUUAUCUACUUCAUUGCCUAAAUUCAUUUCAAGGAAUUUAUAUAUAGAAAAGGUUUAUGAAGACAAAACUAAAGGGAAAGUCAAGUUCUCACUUAGUGCCACGUGUAUAUUUGAGGUGUAGAAAAGUUAUUAAGGUGCCUUGGUUUUAGAAUAACUGCUUUCGGAAAAUACCAAGUGAAUGUAUAGCACAUUUCGGAGAAAUGAAUAUAUUGUUGGACCAGGUUUACAAGUUAGUUUUUAUCAGAGCACUUGACUAGGGGGAGACAGAGGCAGGAGAAGAUCACCAUAGGAGAAAGUACUUGAACCUGGUAAAAGAAAGUUCCUGUUCUUCCAGGAGAUUUAGAAAAAUGUACACGAUUUCUUUAUAAAACAGCCAAGUCACUUAUUGUCACAUCGGUGUAGCUAAUUUACCUAAAUAGUGGUAGAGUCAUUUAAAACAUAUUUAUAUCUUUCUUUCAAAGUUUAAUGUGAAAUUUGAGAAGUUAUUUGCUCUGCCCUGACUGGUACUUCAUGUGGAUUUUUUGAUUAUUAGAAAUGACACAAAUCAUGGGCAGCUUGUUACCCACAGGGUCCUUCUCUAGGGAGAAAUCAUUGCUAAUUCAAAUAAGCCAAUUUUAACGAAUUUUUCAGCUGGUUUUAAAAUAUUCAAUAUCAGUCUGUUUUUAAGGUAGCUAUUUGAAAGUAGUUUGCACAGAGGAAUAUAAUAAUGGAGAAGACUUCAAAAAGAAAGAACACUAAAAGCCUGUUUUCCCCUUUUCUAUAAUUUAUAAAAUAAAAUUCUUAGUGUGGAAAUUAUUGUAAGGAUGACUAAGAUUAGCCUAACCUUCCCCAAGAAGGUCUCAUGAACCACAGGACUUUGUUCCAAGUUCAGAUUUUAAAAUUGAGAUUAUUCAACAUCAGAUCAAAGCUAUCCUAUCUUAAAAAAAUCAAUUAUUUCAUCAAAAUAACUAGCAGAGGUAUCAUCAACUUGGAAAUUUUUCAAAUGUGAAAGCAGGAUGAAAGUGAUAGAGAGGUCACCAGAAUGAGGUUUAAGAUAUUUGGGAAGCUUCAAGGUCUUCAUAUUCAAAGACAGGUGGCUGAGAUCUAAAAGAGUAAGUUGCAUUUAUUUUACAGAGCAGGAUAAAAAUGUGGCCAGGAUGUGACUGCCUCCCCCCCUACAGAAAGAACUAGAUGGUGUCUAUUGUCACAGGGAUCGUACAAAGGCCCAAAUGGUGACUCCAGCAAAAGCAGUUGAACUGAUUAUGAAACCCCUCUCUGCAGAGGUGCUUGUUAAGGAAAACUAAGAUGUCUCAUUUCAUUCGAUGGUGUUUGAAACAUGCAAAAGAAGACAAAGCUAAAAGAAUUUUUGGUAAACACAACUGGAUGAUGACAUAUACUGUAAUGUUUUGCAGACAGCUUUUUAAUGUUUACAGAAAUCCUUUUGUUAUUUUUUUUUUCUAUUUUGAAAAUUGAGGCUUGUUUACAUUGAUUGCUCAGAUAAUUUAAAAUUUUUACUCCUGUCAAAACUACAGUGUUGACCAUUCUAGGUUUGUAGGUAAUUUUCAGAGCAGGGUCAGUGUUUUUAGAUCAUUACGGUUUAAAUUUUCUGACCAAUUUUAAAACCUGUAGAUAACAAAAGCACAUUUUGACAAAGGUGUUUUAUAAUUAAUUUUUAUUAGUUGAUUCUUUAAUAACCAUUUGACUCUGGGCCAUACAUACCCUGUGUAUCUAUACUUGUCAGCGUUUAAAUUUUCCAUUGGUUGAAAACUAAGUGUCUCUCUGGCCAUUGAAAUGAUCUUGUUUACAGGAAUACUUUUGUGAAACAAUUAUUUAUUUGCAAAAGAGCUCUCCUCAACUGUGUUCAUCUUUUGCUUAGAAUAGAAUGGAACAGAUUUAAAUUUAAAGGAAAUAUGAAGGCACUUCCUUUUUUAAUCAGAAGGAAAUUGCUAGAUGCUUCCUUCAUUAGACUUAAAGUACUGAAAAGAAUAUUUGUAAAUAAAAGGAUUCCAGCCUUUUAAAAAAGAAGGAAAAAACUUUCUGGUGCUCUAAUGCAAGGCUGUCUCAAAAAUCGUCAACAAAGGGAAAAUAAACUAUCAGCCUGGAUGGUCACUUGAGUAGAUGAUGGUUGUACACAGUGUUAUUGCUAAAAACUUUUUACCUCUUGGUUGGUUUGCAUCUUUUUUCCAUAUUAUUAAUUUUAUACCAGUAUGUUAAAUAUUUAUAUUAUUUGAAUUUUGCUCUUGUAUGGCAAAAAUAGUGAGUUUUUAAACAUAAAUCUGUGAUUUCCAAUAAACUUUUUCCAAAAGUUUGUGUAUUUUCACAAACUUUUAAAACUCCCGUGUGAACACCAUUUGUCUGUAUAAUCAACUUGUUCUGUUUAAUGUCAGACAGGCCUGUAGUACACAACAUUAAUGCUGUUGCUGUUCAAACCUGCUGCUGUGCUCAGGACAGAGGAUUAUCAUGUCCUCUGCUAUGGACACCUAAAUGCUUCUUUUGUCUGUUAAAUGAAUUAUGCUGGAAUGUCUAAGUUGGGGGAAUUCUUCUCUUCUAAUGGAUUGUUCAGGAAAGGAUGAAAUAAGAAACUAUAGCCAUGGUGCCGUAAGAUGUCAUUUGAAAGGGUCAUAUUUUCCUUUUAUGUGAUAUCAUGAGGUUUCAGAAAGUAGACUCGAAUUUAGCUCGAGUCUUUUAAUGCCAGGAAUGUUCUUAGGCCUGCUUCUGUCUGAAUGCUGCUUCAGUGUAUUUGUACAUAGUGUGUUCUUAUCUCCUUUUCACCUGAUUCCUGCUCAAUUCUUAGCCUAUGAUAUGGUAUGAUUCAAUCUAUAUAUGUUUUUAAAACUUGGAAGUAUCUGAAUUUUUUGGUUGUAGAUAUUUUUUGCUCCAGACCUCAAAGGCUCCUUACUGUCUCAAGCAUCAAAUCUAAUCUCUUCUACCUGGUUUUCCAGGCCUUAUGCAAUUUUCCUUUCCUUCUUUAUUCUCUGAAGCUUUAUUUUCCCCACUGCCACUAUCGUCAAUCAUACAUCUCACUCAUGACCAUACGUUGUGUAAGUUGGUUUCCCUUGCCAGGAACACCAUUUCUCCUGUUCCUGUUGAAAUCUUGAAAAUCCAACCCUAACUGUGCUCUUCAAUUAAGCAUCUCUCCCUGCCCUCCUCCCAAAAUAUAUACUUUAUCACAUAUAUAAUUGUGCUACCUACUAAUUGUUUCAUGUGCUUUUUCCUGGCUAAAAUAGAAGUUCUGAAGG